AUGGUGGCCGCUAACAAAAUCGUGGUGUGCGAUAAUGGCACGGGGUUUGUCAAGGCAGGUUUUGCCGCUGAGAAUUUUCCCAAAGCCAUUUUUCCGUCCCUUGUUGGACGACCCGUGCUGCGCGCAGAGGAAGCAGUGCAGACGGACAUUUUGCUCAAAGAUAUCAUGUUCGGCGAUGAGGCUGCAGCCGUACGGUCGAAUCUUGAGAUCACAUAUCCAGUUGAAAAUGGUAUUGUUAAAAAUUGGGAUGACAUGGAAAAACUAUGGGAUUAUACGUUUAAAGAGCGUCUAGCGAUUGACCCCAAAGGCCACCGGAUUCUACUUACCGAGCCGCCACUGAAUCCCAAGCGCAAUCGCGAGAAGCUUGUCGAAACCAUGUUUGAAAAAUAUGGGUUUGAAGGCUGCAACAUCACGACGCAGGCCAUGUUGACUUUGUACGCGCAGGGUAUUACCACAGGUGUAGUCAUUGACACGGGCGACGGUGUCACACACGUUGUUCCAGUGUAUCAGGGGUAUGUACCGCAACAUUUGAUAUGCCGUUUAGACGUCGCUGGCCGCCACAUUACCAACUAUCUCAUUAAGCUCAUGCUACUUCGCGGAUAUCCUCUGAACCGCACGGCUGACUUUGAGACGGCCCGUCAAAUCAAGGAAAAAUGGUGUUAUGUGGCUUACGACACGGCCACCGAGCGCAAAUUGGCUUUGGAAACAACUAUUCUCGAAGAAUCGUAUGAAUUGCCGGACGGUCGCGUGGUGCGACUGGGUCGUGAACGCUUUGAGGCUCCAGAAGCUCUAUUUAAUCCGAGUUUAAUUGACGUUGAAGGCGCCGGACUGAGCGACAUGGUGUUUGACAUGUGCAUGAAGGCAGACAUUGAUCUGCGUACGGAAUUCUUCAAGAACGUCGUGCUCUCGGGUGGCUCUAGUAUGUACCCGGGUCUACCCAGUCGUCUGGAAAAGGAUAUUAAACAGCGAUACCUCAAUGACGUACUUAAGGGUGACAAAAGUCGCCUUAGCAAGUUUCGCUUGCGAAUUAAUGACCCUCCUCGUCGCAAACACUUGGUAUUCCAAGGUGGUAGUGUGCUCGCUGAUGUCAUGAAGGACAAUGAUGCAUUUUGGUUGCUUAAAAAAGAGUACGAUGAACAGGGUUUGCGUAUUCUUGACAAGCUGCAGUAA